UUGAAAAAUUCCGGCGAAUUCGACCGUUUGGCAUUGUUACAUGCAGAUGCAGUGACCGGAGCUGGAGCUCACGCUGGUCCAGCGUUCCUGCCAUGGCAUCGUGAAUACCUCAAAAGGAUCGAAAUAGCGGUUCGUCUCAUUGACCCAACAUUAGCGGUGCCCUACUGGGAUUCAUCGAUGGAGGCGAAUCUUCCGAAUGCGAAGGACUCAAUUCUUUUCACCGAGGAUUUCUUGGGCUCAUCGAUUUCCGAUGGUCGCGUAGCGGACGGGCCAUUCGCAAACUGGACCACUAGCAAGGGUACGUAUCUGCGCAGAAAUGUUGGUGGUGUCGGAUGGACGUUCACAGAAGAAAGGGUUGAAGCAGUUAUGCGAGAAACUCGAAUCGAUCAAGUUCUCGCAUAUUCCGCACCACGACGUGGAUGUGAAUAUCCGGCAGAUUUCGAUUGUUUGGAGUAUUCGCACGGAUAUGUGCAUCUUUUUGUUGGUGGUGAUAUGUACAGUCCACUAACGAGUGCCGAUGACCCAAUUUUCCAAAUGCAUCAUUCAUUUGUUGAUCACAUUUGGGAAUUAUGGCGCAUUAAACAGAUCUAUGGUUUUAUCGUGUAUCCGAUCAUUAGUAGUUGUAUUUAUCUGCAAUUGUCUCAUCUAGAACUAAUAAUUCAGACUCGUUAUGAACGUGAGACACAAUAUCCACCAGAUCGCCAGCAGUGCAGCAGUACAGUCCAUUUUGCCGCGGCUCCGAUGCUACCGUUUACGCCGUUCACCAACAUCGAUGGCCUUUCAAACAAAUACACCGAUGACCUAUACGAAUACUUUCCGCGUUCAUAUUGCACCAAAAAUUGGCCUCAUUGUGGAUCAAGGUACCUGUUCUGUGAUCUUUCUCAUGACCGACCACAAUGCACAUCAAAAGUAAAACUUGGCGGUUCAUGCACUGGCUUCACGAAUAACGAAGAUGUUUGCUAUGAUGGAUUCUGUGCUAGUGGACGAUGCGAAAAACCCAUAACGGCUGGGCGAAACGCGGUGAAUGUGAGAUGUGGGCAAUGGGCACUCCGAGGUGAAUGUGAAGCAAAUGAAAUGUGGAUGACUGAGAACUGUCGAGAGAGUUGCCAAAAAUGUAAUAUGACCCGCGAGGAACAAUGCUUUAAAGCUCUUCAAAAUCAUGAGCCCAGUUGUAAUAUCGCGCCAGGAUGUUACAAUGACUAUGCGUGUUGUCCAGAAUGGGGUCGAGCUGGUGCAUGCAAACGUCACACAUCCUGGAUGUCAUGCCAUUGUCGUGUCACUUGCGGAUUUUGUACACCAGACACUUAUGAAUAUGGAGACAUUUUAAGAAUUUCACUUCCGCAAAUAUUUCUACCAAGUGAGGUCGCCUCCAAGUAUGAAAAUGAAGAAAUUAACUCAUUGACAGGUUGUGACGACUAUCAUCCUCGAUGCCCGGAAUGGAAAAAUAUUGGUGAAUGUACGAAAAAUUCGUGGAUGCUCGAGAAUUGUCGCAAGUCAUGCGAUAGCUGCUAUGAAGCUGAGGAACUGCUGAAAGUUUGCUACCCAUCGAAUUCCAAAUAUGAGACGAUUCGUCAAAUGAUUGCCUCAAAAAUGGAAUCAAAAAUGCCAACUUAA